AUGGACGUAUGCUCCCCACUGCCUUCUGCACUGGAUUUUGUGGGUGUAGCAAGAUUAACAUGUCGACUAUGCCCCAAGCAGCAGCAGGCGAAAGCGGCCUGUGGCUUCCUUGGCCCCCAGAGCCCACCAGCAGGCCGCAGCCUUCUGACCCUGGACCUGGACAGCGCGGACGGAGACAGAGACCAGGGAACGGCCACCUGCCACGGUGCCGCCCGGCAGACCCGGGAGAGUGCCCGGGCGGCCGACUGGCAGGAGCGGCCUGGUGGCGGGAGCGGCCUAGUAUCCGAGCAGCAGGAAAGCUGGAGUAACUCCAUGGGGGGAGCAAGCUGCCCAGUGGAUGAGCAGCAGGAUCCGCGGCAGGAGCGGCCUGGUGGCGGGAGCGGUCCAGCAGCGGCCAGCGCAGUGCUGGACUUCAGCGACCCCUUCAGCAGUGAGGUGAAGCCCAGAAUUCUGCUCAUGGGCCUGCGGCGGAGCGGCAAGUCAUCCAUCCAGAAGGUGGUCUUUCACAAGAUGUCCCCCAACGAGACGCUGUUCCUGGAGAGCACGAACAAGAUCUGCCGGGAGGACGUUUCCAACAGCUCCUUCGUCAAUUUUCAGAUCUGGGACUUCCCAGGACAGAUUGACUUUUUUGACCCUACCUUCGACUACGAGAUGAUCUUCAGGGGCACAGGAGCGCUGAUCUUUGUCAUUGACUCUCAGGAUGACUACAUGGAAGCAUUGGCCCGGCUCCACCUCACAGUGACCAGGGCCUACAAGGUCAACGCUGACAUCAACUUUGAGGUGUUCAUUCAUAAAGUGGAUGGACUGUCAGAUGACCACAAAAUUGAAACCCAAAGAGAUAUUCACCAGAGGGCAAAUGAUGACCUUGCAGAUGCUGGAUUAGAAAAAAUCCACCUCAGGAAUGAGAGAGGGAAAGCAAUGGGACAGACAGAAUUCCUCUUUUUGUUUCAGAAUUCUGGAAUUGAAAAGGCCUUUCUGUUUGACGUGGUCAGUAAAAUAUAUAUAGCCACAGACAGCACUCCGGUGGACAUGCAGACCUACGAGCUGUGCUGUGACAUGAUAGACGUAGUCAUUGACAUCUCCUGUAUCUAUGGUCUCAAAGAAGAUGGAGCCGGAACCCCCUAUGACAAGGAGUCAACAGCCAUUAUAAAGCUGAACAAUACAACAGUUCUUUAUUUAAAGGAGGUCACCAAGUUCCUGGCUCUCGUUUGCUUUGUCAGAGAGGAAAGCUUUGAAAGAAAAGGGCUUAUCGACUAUAAUUUUCAUUGCUUCCGGAAGGCCAUCCAUGAAGUUUUUGAGGUGAGGAUGAAAGUAGUAAAAUCUCGGAAAGUUCAGAAUCGGCUACAGAAAAAAAAAGGAGCCACCCCUAAUGGGACACCUCGUGUGCUAAUGUAGAGGUUUUGGAAAUACCUUUUGAAAUCAGAUCUUUUAGCCAAGGCUGCUAUACUGUGUCACUAAGUGGAAGGAGGAGACUGGGACAUUUGACAUGACUUUGUUGUUAAAACAUAAUUACUCCAAUUCUCUCAAUCUUCUGUUUUGUUUUGUUUUUGUUUCUGUUUUUUUAAAUAAAGCACUUUGAAGCAAAAACUUGUAUAGUAACUAUAAAGUGACACCCACUGUAUCUUCCUGCUACAAAUGUAAACUUGUUUGAAGAGUGUGCACACUGCCAGGAACUGUACAUAUUUUGCACUUUUUUCAUGGUUUUUCCUCAUUGAACUGAACUUUGAUAAGAUGACUUUUGUAAGCUCUUUUCUGUACUUGGUGUGUAGGACACGGAUACUGUAGUCUGUCCGUCUAGUAGUCAGAAAUCAAUCAAACAUGCAUUGCUAAUGGCUUUUUUUGUUUUGUAAAUCGGAGUAUCUUUGCUACUAAUGAUUGAGCAAAUCAUUUUUUUUCAGUGGAUCUGGAGCAGAUGGGAGCUAGACGUUCCUAAAGCAAUAAGAGCCAUCCCCCAUUUCUAACAGGUAUCAGGACUUUUAUAGACAAAUAUUAGCCCCCAACUUACCUAGAACUGUCUAUCCCUGUGGCCGCAUUUCCCUCUCCAACAGUGUAUAUGAUGCUUUUUGCCUUGACACACAUCCCGCCACUUACUUUAUGCAAGAGGUGAUUUCUCUUUGCUAAAUUGUUAUUCUUUAGAACCUUUGGGACCAGAUUUCCAAAAUGGUGCCUAUCACUGGAGAGUGAUCCAGAUGUUGCUGAGGCAGGGAUUCUGAGGUUCUCCUGUAAUUACCACUUAGGGCUAAAAUACAAAGGCCAAAUCGUUUCUCAAAUGGAGCUGUUGGCCAGUUCUGUAACUCUGGGCUCCUUCCAGUGGCCUAUGUUGUGCUACAUUUACAAUCUUUAGGACCAGUCUUUCACUGUUUCGUGACCGUAGUGACUGGAGGGUCCCAUACAUGUCCUCCCCUCGCACCCAUGGAGGGGCUCCUACUGGUUCCAUCCUCCACCUGAGUCACCUUUUCACCCCUGGUACUGUGCCGGGAGUCCUAUGCCUAGUCCCCCCUUAGGACUGACUUCAGUUUGCUCCCAGCAUGCUGUGCAAGGCUGAGGAGCCAUCCAAAAGCCUCCUAACCACCAGUGGGUGGCUGGAAGAAGCAGUAUCUGUGUUAUGUAUUUGUUUCUAGAAAGUUCUUUCACUCGGGCCUGGGAAUGUGGCUCUGCAUGCAUGGAG